UUUCAGUGAUUGACCGAAGUCAUAACAUUACAGUUGGCAAACUGAUUUAAAAUAUUGUUUCAACAAAUGUGAUUAUAAAUGGUAUUUAAAGGAUUUAAGUUUUUUAAAUUUGAGUGGAUUUUAAAACGGAAACAAAACGCUCACAUUUGAGACCGAAAACACCGAACGACGUCGCCGAAGAAUCAAUUUUCAUCAUCAAGAUAUAAAGUUCAAAAUGUGUGUCCGGUGUGUGUUGUGAAUUUAGAUAAUAUAAGGUAAUUGAAAAUCAAAUAUCAGAACGUUGUAUUGCAAUUGUUCAAUUUAUACGUACACAAAUCGUUUAAAGAAUCAAUGAAAACAAAUUGUGUCGCAUUCUUGAUUUGUGACGACAAAUAGGAGAGAUUAUAUAAUCGACUGCUAUAGCUAAUAUAAUUUUGUUAACAAUAUAUUGUUUUAACGUUGCUAUGAAGUGUUAUUUAUAAAUUAAUAUAGGCAGGUGUAGUGUUGAGUUAAGCAAAAUAAUAACAUUCUUACGUAACAUACACAUUUGAGGUGAUUUAAAAUAUUACCUGUCAAAAAACCUAUAUUAUUAUUGUAUACUCUAUAGUUUUUUUUUUGUUUCGGCGCCAAAUCGUGACGUUCAACAUGUCUGCAUCAGUAUGGUGUCCCCUUUCGCGCCAAUCGCUUGUGUGUUUGUCAGUGUCGCAACUGUCAAAUCUGGAAUUUUGGGUUGGCGCGCUUUUGAUAGUACUCGCGUGUGAAAUGGAUUUUAUUUAUUUUCACAUAUUGAAUGCAAAUGAUAUUAUGUAUUUUUGAGUGAAGUUUGUUAUAGUGUUUUAAAGCGAAUUUAAGGAUCAUGCAACCCGUCCGACCUAUCUAUGGGUCACACUCAGACACGUCCACAAUAAAUGUGAAGACGCUGGUGACAGACCUCUUCAACCAGAUGCGUGAUCCGUCAUCAACCGCUUCGACCCCCAAGGGUUCGACAGGAUCUUUGAACAUCACGAGGAAUGUCGGGUUUCAACAGCAGAAUGGUACUGAACAUUUACCCUGGGCCAGUCCAGCCAUAUCUUUACCGGGGAACUGCAAUUCUAAUUUAGCAAGCGAAACGCCAGCUUUAGUUAGAAGUGUCAGCAACGCAUCGGCGUUGACGUCGCUUUGCGCUGGUCUGUCCCCUUCUGAAUCACAUUUCUUUGAGGUUUUAUACAUUGGUAAGGUACGAAUAUCUCAACGAAAAGUGCCAGAAUCGUUAAUUGAUGAUGCUUUACACAAAUUCGCUCAACAUGAAGCCGAAAAGACGCGGUUACAACGACGACAUAGUCUCUUAUCUUCCACAGGGACGACGAUUAGUAAUAAUUCCAUAGAAAGUCUCCAAGACACCACAAACUCGCACGAAAAUUUCCAAAAAAAUCUAAUACCAAGUACAACACCGCUAGAACCAGAUAAAACUACAGCUUGGAAGAGCGCCGAAAACCUAAAACAACCGGAAAUAUUGGUUGAUAGAGAAUUCGAUGCAUUUACAAAAGAAAGAAUUGAGAAGAAUGCUAAAAUUGAGCACAGCAUUAUCAAUAACUUGGGCACGGUUAAAGAGGAUGACGAAAUUAACACGAAUCCAUUUAAAGAAGUAAAAAGAGUUAAAACAGUUACAUUAGAUCCUCUGGUUCGGAUAUCUGAUGAAGAAAAGGGUGAUGAGGAAGGUGAUAAAGAAAGUAAAGAAGUAGCCGAUAAUGAAAGAGAUGUAAAUGAAAUCAAUUUCACUGCAUUAAUGAGAAAUAAUGAAACAAUGCCAGAAAACAAGCGAUUUCUCAGAGAUCGUUCAGCGUCGAUUGGAACUUUGAAUUUGAAAACGCCGCUUGCGCAUCUCAUCGGCGAACAAAAUAGGACUAUGCUAUUCCAGGUGGGACGUUCAGAGCUUCGGCUCAUAAGCCCGGACCGAAAGCAAAUCCUCCUCCAUCGCGGCUUCAAGGACGUGGCCAGCUGCGUCCUCGGCAGAGCGAGGAAGGAGCACUUUGGCUUCGUCUGCCGAGAGACCAACGACACCUACGCCUGCUACGUCUUCAAGUGCGAGAGCGACGAUAUCGCCAGUGAGGUCGUUAGUGCAAUCAAACAAGCAUUCGUCGCACACGCCGAGCUAUUGAAGAAAUCGCGAGAUAAAUCCCCAAAUAUGACAUGUGAACAUUGUCCCAUGCUCUGGUACCACAGGCUGUGUCAUGAUGUCGAAGGUAUGAAUGAGAAGAAAACACACGCGUUCCUCCUCAGGCGAAUGGAAACCUUGCCCGAAGAUGAACAGGAACUCGUCAUCACGAAGUACCAGGGCGGGACCAAUCAUAUGUUUGAGGUGAACGAACACAAUGCCUUCCUAAUGAUGUUACUACGAGCACACUGUGAGGCCAAACAGCAAAGACACGUCCAUGACACAGCGGAAAAUAGGUCGGAAUUCUUAAACCAAUACCUAGGCGGCAGCACAAUCUUCAUGAAGGCCAAACGAUCACUUUCGAGUGGCUUCGAUCAUCUCUUGAAACGGAAACAGGAAGCACCAGUCAUUGUUAAAAAGGAACAAUCACCAAAACCGCCACCCUUAAACCUGGAGACGUCAUCAGAGCCGAACAACUGCGAACUUCUAUCGGCAGAUGUCGUCCGAUGCAAAUCCCUGUCUCCCGCCGUUGUGACAGAUCAACAAUCACCGAAAUCUCAACCAAUGGACGAGCAAGAUGGAUCGAAGGAAACCACUCCCACGAUCAAUUCGCCGAUGAUGGACAUAUUUCUCAAAGUAAGCGACUCUCGACCAGCACAGACAGAAUCGAGUGAAUCAGACACAACUUGGCGACAGGCAAUCUAUGAGAAGGUGGUCCAACAUGACACCCUUGACGGAGACCAAUCACUCCUGGGCCGAAGUAAAUCCGGGAAGCGGUCUAAAGAUGAAUUGCGUCAGUUGUGGAAAAUGGCCAUCGAUCAGACCAUACUGCUGGUUCGAAUGGAAAAGGAAAACGCGAGACUUAAAGAAAGCGCAGAAUCCUCCGCAGUCCGCCGAAUAAAGUUGGAAUACAGAGAACUGAGUGCGGUGGAAAGUGGGGUUAGUCUUAUGUGGGACUCGCUUUUGUCCCGGGACUCCACACAUCCCGUCAACAGAGUGGACAGACAUAUGCUCAUACAGGCCGUUAGACAAGGUGUUCCAAGAAUAGUUCGAGGCGGGGUAUGGUAUUUCCUCGCAGAGCAAGCGUGUCUGCGGUUACCACCUCCUGACACUAAGAACUUCCCAGACUAUAACACGCCUUAUAGGACACUCCUCUCCGGCCUAACUAAGCAUCAACACGCCAUUUUAAUUGAUUUAGGCAGAACAUUCCCAAAACACUCAUAUUUCGCGUCAGCUCUGGGUCCAGGGCAAUUAGCUCUCUACAAUAUUCUGAAAGCCUAUUCCCUCCUCGACCCAGAUGUGGGCUACUGCCAGGGUCUCAGUUUUGUGGCUGGAGUACUUCUUUUGCAUAUGGAAGAAGCCGAGGCCUUCCUUUUGCUCCGACAUCUGAUGUUCAGGCGAGGUCUUAGGAAACAAUAUUUACCUGAUAUGAGCGCACUACAAGUAAAAUUGUACCAACUGUCCCGUCUCUUGCGCGACCAUGAGCCCGAACUGCACGCGAAGCUGGAGGCCUUAGACAUCUCCCCAGCCUUGUACGCAGCACCUUGGAUGCUCACAUUGUUCACGAGCCAGUUCCCGUUAGGAUUCGUCGUAAGGGUCUUUGACAUGGUGUUCGUGGAGUCCCUAGACGUGGUCUUCUCGAUAUCCCUGGCCCUCCUAUCGGCUCACAGGGAUGGCAUCAUGAUGUGCGAGAGCUGCGAAGAGGCAGCCGAAUACCUCAAGCACAAGUUGCCGGAUGUCGACACCGCUAUAUACAACAGAGUUAUGAAGAUUGUCCACAAAUUGGACAUUUCCCGUCAACUGACAGAAUACGCGGUUGAAUACAGCGUGUUGCGAGAAGAGAUGCCUCGACUUGCCACACUCACAGAACAGAACAGACUGUUGGUGGAUGACGUUCAGAGGAUGACUACGGAACUCGAUGCUGCAAUGGAAGCUCUGACGAACUACCAAAAGUCCCAAGCCCGCCUCGACUCUCAAAACAAAUUGAUGGAACAACACCUGACACUUCUCAGCCGUUACAUAUCCAACAAACACGACGUGCCUCUCGAAAUAAAGAGAAUUGUACAGAAUUACACGAAAAAGUUAUCGUUCAGUUCGAAAAUCACCUCCUUCACGAAGUUCUCCACAAACGAGGAAGAGGAGACGAAACAAAAGAGUGCGCCAAAUCUCUACGCGAAAACGACAAAAGAAGAUGUCCUCAAUGCCAUGAGAGCUAACGAAGAUAGAAAACAUUUCCUCAUGAAGAAAUCUCAAUCGGUUCAUUCCGGGCUGAUCGCCAAAGUGCCUUUAAAAGUACUCGAGGAGACGGAGACUUACAGAGGCGAACGAAAGCACAGCUUGACAGACGCCAUGAUAAAGGAUUUGGGGAAGAAACAUUCGAUUACACACGAGCAGAUCCGACAGGAGAGGCUGUUCGAGCAGCAGCUGAAGCACAACUUCGACGAGAACCUUCGGAAAUUGGAGCAGUCGACGCGCAAUUCCGAAUCGGAUUCGGAAAGUGGAAAUCGGAACGUCUCCGAGGACAGAAACAGCGAUAAACUGUCGCUGCAUUUUGCAGAUAGGAAUGACAGCGGCUUCGUGACGCCAGUCACCCCGGAGGUUGACAGGAAAUCGGAAAUGUCAUCUGUCAUUUCGCAUCCGUUGAGCGAUUGUGACGUUGACAUUAAAUUUGACGGGCAGUCGACUAAGUUGAAGCAGAUUAGGCCUCUGCGACACCAUUAGUUUUUUUUUAUAGGAUUGGAGGGCCGUGCAUACGGGAUGCUCAAAGUCGCUUUUAGUCAUCGCCCAUGGACACCUAUUUUAGUGGGUGCGUUGCCGGU